AGGAAGUUGCGCAGUGAGCUCGCACAGGCGCCGUCAUCAACACAGUCACGUUUGUGUGUUAUGAUGUCUCUUCUCUGAUUCAGUCGGCUUUACCGUCACUGUGGGAACCAGCGUCGAUCCGCUGCCGAAACAACUAGCUCCAGGUUGACGUUGUGUGUGACAUUUCAGAAGCAUGGCCGACGGUCCAGAGGCGGAUGUUGACGAGCCGCCCAGUAUCAAUUUCCCUCCGCUCAUCACUGUCUCCGAUCUGCCCAGUGCCACUGCUGCAGGCCGUAACCUAAAGGAAUGGCUCCAGGAGCAGUUCUGCGACAAACCUCUGGAGCAGGAUGACAUGCGGCUGCACAAUGCGGCCUACGUCGGAGACCUGGACACCCUGAGGAACCUGCUGCAGGAAGACAGCUUCAGACGGCGCAUCAAUGAGAAGUCUGUUUGGUGCUGCGGCUGUCUGCCCUGCACCCCUCUGCGGAUCGCAGCCACAGCGGGACAUGCUGCUUGCGUGGCCUAUCUGAUCGCCCAGGGAGCCGAGGUGGACCUGGUUGAUGUAAAAGGUCAAACAGCCCUCUACGUAGCUGUGGUGAACGGUCACCUGGACUGCGUCCGGAUCCUCCUUGAAGCCGGAGCCGAUCCCAACGGGAGUCGCCACCACCGCAGCACCCCGCUGUACCACGCCGCCCGGGUGGGAAGGCUGGACGUACUGCAGGAACUCAUCAGGUUCAAUGCUGAUGUAGACAUGGACCACCAGCUGGGUCCCCGGCUCCUUUUAAGUGCUCGCACCUUGAACACGCUGGUGGUGUGUCCUCUCUACAUCAGCGCCGCCUACCACCACCUGCACUGCUUCAAGCUGCUGCUCCAGGCCGGCGCUCAGCCUGAUUUCAACUACACAGGGCCCGUCUGCCAGGAGGCCCUGACCCGCGGCCUGGCCUCCUGCCUGCUGGAUGCUGUGCUGCGACACGGAUGUGAGGUGGCCUUCAUCCGCGCGCUGCUAGACCACGGGGCCAACCCGGCCCUCGUGCCCUUGGACGGGACAGAGCUGGAGGGUCCUAAUCGGAGGAAGGUGGAUCCGGAGGCGCUCGGGGUCCUCCUGGAGGCGAAGAAAUUCCCUCGCAGGCUGACACACCUGUGUCGCAUCAGGAUCCGCAGGGCGAUGGGCAAAAAUCGCCUAAACCACAUACCCUCGUUACCGCUACCACAACCCAUCAAGAACUUCCUGCUUCACCAAAACUGACACCCAUCCACCUUCUCUUCCUCUACAGAGCUCUUCCAACCCAAACCUUAAAAAAACAACCUCAGCCAAUCCCAACACCAAUCCCCCAAAUAGAGCAUUUUGUGGACACAAUUUGCUAAUUGCUUAUUAUUUUCUGAAAGUAAACCGUUAAUAAUAUUAUUUAUUUUUAUUUUGAAGUUAACAGUUAUGUAAUACUCUAAUCUUCCUAUUACUGUAAUAAUGUAUUGAAGUGCUUCUUAACUUAUCAUGAAGCCUUAGUACUGACUUGUGGUAACUGUAUGUGUAAGUGUUUGCCUUGUGACUUUCCAAAUCACUGGCGUGUGUUCCGGUCUUGCUUCAAAUAGCACUUUUCAUCUUAAGAGCCAUAAUAAGGAUGUCAUUUGGUUUGACUUAAACAUGCCAUGUAUUAAAUAUCCCGUUCAGAUGCAGCUCCUUGAAUUGCUCAUUUAUCUGUUUUAUGUAAACUUGGAUUGUAACCCUUUUACCAACUCUCAGCCAGAGCGAAUGUGGCAAAAUGUGCAGCAUUCCUGUAUUCUUAAGUUUAAGUGAUCACUUGCAUGAAGUGCAAGGAUUAAAAAGUGCCCUCUAGAUAAGAUAUGUAUUGUAAUUCUACUUCUAUGAUGCAUUAAGCACUUUUAUUCGUCUUCUAUGAUGCAUUAAGCACUUUUAUUCGUCGUUCUGUUUACAUUUGCUGCUGGGCAUGCCUUAACAUUGAGUUUUGGAAAAUGGCCUCAAUGAUUGAUCAGACCAGAAAAAUUGUAGAUUUUUAAGGAAGAAAAAUGAACAAAAGCUUAAAAUGAGCAAUUUAAGGUCCUGGGUCUCAACGGAAACACUGCUUGGAGAAAAGUUUACAUUCUGGGUCUAAUUACAAAUGUACAUGUUACUGUCGUGUGAAAAACUUGUACUGUUUAAGCAUAUUCAACAAAGCUCUCUCUGAAUGAAAUGUAUUCAUGUUGAAUAGAAUAACUUUGUAUCUAUUGCACAGAAAGCUGCUUUCUCUGCGAGUCUGUUGCGCCUAUUGGCUUCUGUGCCUGUCUCUUGCACAGCUUUGUGUCGUUUCUCACACAUUGUUACUGGACAACAUGAAACGUCAGUGCAUGGUU